CCCCUCGGAGCUGUCAUGGCGGCGCCUUUCGCGGAGGAAGCCCGGCUGGGCCGGUACAGGGGGAGCGGCCGCGCGGCUGCUGCCCACAGCCCUUGGCCUCCGGACGACGCGGUCCUGGCGCGGAGCCUCCGGGCGGAGCUGGAGGGCGAAGGGAACGGGGGCCUGCUGGGCAACGCCGGGAGGCUGGAAGGCGUCUCUGCGCCUCGCGCUGGCGGGGCCCGGCUGCACCACGAACGAGACGGGGCGGCGCGCCGGUGGCCCAGCAGGGCUUGUUCUGUGCUCUGUUGCCUCCUGGCCGUGUGUCUGCUCGCUUUCCUCCUGGCCGUCGCUUGCCUGGUGCUGAAAGACUUGCAAUCUGAGAAAGGGAAGACCGAUGAAAGUAUAGAUACGAAUAUUUUAGGAUUUUGGAGUCUCCUUAUUCUUGCCUUAGUAGCAGGUCUGUCAUGUUGCAGUUUUUCGUGGACAGUGACGUAUUUUGACUCCUUUGAACCAGGAAUGUUUCCUCCUACCCCGCUAUCACCUGCACGGUUCAAGCGAAUGACUGGGCACUCCUUUCACGUCGGCUAUAGUAUGGCCAUUCUGAAUGGCGUAGUGGCAGCUCUCACAGUGAUAUGGUGUCUCCUUUAGUUUGCAUAGACUCUGUAUCUCUUGAUAUGCCAGCCAUAUGGAGACCACUAGAAUGCCUCCAAUGCAAGGGGUCACCUUCUUUAUAAUUAAUUUUUCCGCAUAAUUGGCCAAAUAUUCCAAGAAGCAGCUGGGAAAGGCAUGGAAACAAACCACGUGGUUAGAGAUGAAUUGGCAGACCACUGUAAUAGACAAAAAUGUUUCUGUGCAUGAAGCAGUUGCCACAGUGACUAUAUUGUGUAGUAACUAUAUUGUGAGAACGUCCUUUGGCUAGCACUGAUAGAAUGCUGACGGUGUGCACUGGAUUAAUACCAAGGAAUUUCCCUGUCAUGUCAAAUGAAAUUUCAGAUACUUAUUCAUCCUAUAUGUUGUUUAAUUCUUAGAAUUAUGCUUUGUCCCAUGUGGCAGAAACAUGAAAGUGGUGGCAUAGGCUUUCUAAAAUCAGACACUGAAUUAGGUCUUAUAUUUCUGGAAUGAUAUGAUUUGUUAACCGUUACCAUUUCAGUGCUUUUGUGGAGGGUUAAAAAUCAUGCAUCUUAAUGUCAUGUACUGUUAAAUGAUUUGUACUUUAUAAUUGUCUUAAGUGGUGACUUAUGUAUGCUGGCAAAUAUGAGAAACUAGCGCUGACUCUUACUAGGCGUACAUUUCUUUGGGGAUCGCUCACAUGCUUUUGGUUUUCACGGUUUAUGCAGAACAAGAAGGUUGGAAGGCCAAAUUACUGGUGAUAACCAAAUUAACAGUUGUCUUCCUGUACAGUAGAUUGAAUUGUUUAAAUCCAGGUGUUACUGCAAACAAAAACUUAAUAUAAACUGAGUCUAGCAAACUAGCUAGUCUUGGUUGGUACUAACUGACAGACCCCAACUUUUCAGGCAGUUUGCAUUCAGGCACCAUAAAUUUGAUCGAAAAACGAUUUCUCAUGUCUGAAUACAGUCUGUUAUCGCCAAAAGGUCACCUGUGAUGAAUUAACCCCAUGUUUUUUUAUUGUUCAUGUUUUAUGAUAUAAUCCAGCAGAACCUGAACUCUUUGAAACAACAUUUAUUUCAAGUGAAAGACUUGAGAACGCACUAAAAAUUUUUUCACUUGGAAUCAAAGGACUUGUUACUAAAGCCUGCUCAGGUUUACCUUGACUGACUGGCCGAGUCAUAGCAUCACUUAUAUGAUCACUGGUUCUUAAUAUCUUGGUUUCUAGUAACAAGCUUAUUCCAUUAGAAACACCAAAGAUUUUUGGGUUUUUAUGCGCUUUUAAAAUAGAAAUACAUUCACAAAUAUUUCGGUUCAGGAUAUAUAAAAAUUAAGAAAAAGCACCACUUUCUGGUGCUGUGGAAGUACUUGCUUGUUUUCCUGCAUGUUCAUGAAUCAUUGGUGCCAAGAGUAUUUUGUUUCAUGUUUUCAGUGUGAUAGGGUUGUCUCAGUGAUAUUUUGCCUUUUUGCUUAAAAGUUCAGAGAUAUUCCUUAACAGCACAACUAUGACGUAUAUAAAGCAUUUUAAAGAAACCACUGGUGUAAAUUGUUAAGAGCACUGUAAUUAUAAAGAGAACAAGUAUAUUGAUCUGAACUGGACCAGGAGUUGAUAAUAAAGUGAGUGUUUUGGAUCCUGGUCAGCACUUCAGAAACAUACGAUGGAAAAAGAAGGCGUGUUAAAGAUUCCCCCUGCCCAAUUAGGUGCUGCCACAGGAACUUCGAGCAGGAUUUCUGUGGAGGGGGUGGGGGGAGCAGCCAGUAACAGUGAUGCAAGGCAAACUUUAUCGCCAGUAGGGAAUUCAGGAAAAGCGAGCCUUCGGCAGGUUCUCUGUAUUGGAAGAAGGCGUGUUGGAGAUCCUCUACAUCAGGAGGUUCUCGGUCUUCUUGCUCCUGUAACAGCUGUUUUCCUUUUGAACGCUUCUCAGUCUUUUCUUGCUUCGUUAACAAAGCAGUUUUCCUUUUGAACAUUUGACCCUCGACUGGUGCCAGGGUGCUUGUUGCCUCAGGUCUCCUCUGGGUAUCCUGCAAGGCGAGGCUACGGUCAGGGAAGAAGGCAGAAUAGACCCCUGCCUCUCCAGUCCCUUCCGGCCGGUGGCACUUUCACUUUUUACUAAAGUGACUGUUUUUGAAGGCACAUAACUUAGCUCCAAAGAAAUGUGCAUAAAUGCCGGGAUAUUCAUACUCCCAAUUUCUGUUGCAGCCCCCUUAUCCCUCAACAGCUCAUAAGGGUAAGAAAAGCCUUCAGAAUGCUGUACUGUGCAACAGAGUAGCUACUGCUGGGGCUACACACACGUCUCAGGCUGUGGAGUAAAGAAAAGUGCCUUGUCACACACAGGUUAUUUGUGUGUGUUUCCAAACUUCUGGGUAUUUAAAAACCCACUUUUUAAAAGUAUAGUUUGUUCAGGUGUAAAUAAGAAUAUGUAUUUGAAUUAAGCUAAUUUUGUCAUAUUUUCCUGUAUGAUGUUAAACAAUAUUUUUAUUUAUGAAAGUUGUUCUGCAAAUAAACUGUUUUUGUUUAUAA